AUGCCUUCCUCUCUACUGCGAAAUAUCUCUAUUAUCUUUCUGGGAGUUGUAGCUCUCUAUCUAACAAUUCAGGUGGUAGAUGCUUCUUCUAAUUAUUCAAGUCAAAUAUCACCAACUGAAGUGAAUAUAUCUAAACAUAAGAUGGAAAAACGCAUUUAUUCCUUAAUGGAUCAUUUAUUGCGUAUAGGUGUAUAUCUUUUUCUCUCAGCCGUUUUUGCCGGUUUAACAAUUGGCAUUAUGUGUAUGGAUACUCUUACUAUUGAUAUUAUAGCGAAUAGUGGUCCAGAACCAGACCGUACUUACGCUUCACAAAUACAGCCUUUACGUCGACAAGGACAUCAAACCCUUUGCACACUGGUUUUAUCAAACAUGUUAAUGAAUGUGUUGGUAGUACAGGAAACUAGUAAAAUUAUUGAUCUCAUAAAUGAUUUGGAAGGUAAUGGAUUAGUUCAGCAAGCAGUAGACCAGAAUGGUGCAUUAGCCAGUUUUAUCGUGAGUACGGUGAUUAUUAUUAUUUUUACAGAAAUUAUUCCAAUGUCUAUAUGUAAGUCAAAAUAUUCACUUCGUAUUGCAGCAGCAGGAUGUACCUUAGUACGUAUUGCGAUCAUUCUUGUUUAUCCGGUGGCUAUGCCUUUAGGGAAAUUACUUGACUGUUUUGUACCACAUGAUGCUGGUCAAAUUUAUGAUCGUAAUGAACUCCGAAAACUAAUGGCUCUUCAUUGCGAAACCCAUGGCGAUCGAAGUGCUCUUGCUACUACCGAAUUACAACUUUUAAUUGCUGCUAUGGAUUUUCAUGAAAAGAAGGUGCGUGAUAUUAUGACACCUAUUGAAGAAGUAAUUUCUGUACGAGCUAGUGAGGUUAUCACGUCAAAAGUGAUUGAGCAACUUUGGGAAAGUGGAUGUUCUCGUAUUCCUGUUGAAAUGUCACCAGGAGAUUACGUUGAUGUUUUACUUGUGAAGGACUUGCUUACAUUAACUAUCCCUAUUGACAAGUCUGAACCCAUAACCAUUGGUGAAUUCGUCAGGAAUAAAUCUAGAAUUUUUGCUACUGUAAGUGCCAAAACAUCACUACCAACAGUUCUUAGGUUUUUUCAACACUCUAAAACACAUAUGUUACUUGUUACUCAAGGAGAAAAAGAGGAUGAAAAAGAAGCAGAUGGUGGAACGAAAAAUGAUGAUCAUGAAAUUAAUGUUUACUCUUUUUAUAAUACCCGCCCUCCAUUAGGGAAACGACAAAAGUUUGUUGGUAUUGUAACAUUAGAAGACCUUGUAGAAGCAUUAAUAAAAGGUGAAAUUUAUGAUGAAUAUGAUUGUUACGAAUAUUGUAUUCAAGACCGUCCGCAUAGUGCUCACACCUCAAUACCAAUGGCAUUAAAUGGAGUGCCUUUACCAGAACCCGAACCGGCAGAGAUGCCAAGAGCAAAUUUUUACUCUUAUUACGUUCAUAUGGACGCAAAUGUUCCCUUAACAGAGGCACAGGUAUGGGCUGUUGCUUAUUAUUUAACACGAGCCGUUAGUGCUUUCUUUCUUUGGCAUCCAGGCUAUGUAAAGAUGCUCCUUGAUGAGUGUGGUGAUGAGCAACAUAUUCCACCAUUAGAGACGACUCCUCCAACUCCAAUUAAACACGAACAAGGAGAAGGAGGAGAAGGAGGAGAAGAAGAAGAGGAGAGUGAUACAUUAGACUCACCGCUGGUUUUAUCAACGGGUGUGUUGUUCUCUGAUACCUCAUCCGCUUUACCACUGCCUUUUGGAAGUGCCAUGCGAAUGGACCGUUUUCCGGAUUUAAUCUCUAAAGCCGCAGAUGAACGUUUUAUAUUAUACCGAAAUGGUGAAGAAUCAAAAUAUUUUACAUUAGUACUUGGUGGAAAGGUAGACGUAUUAGUUAAACCUAACAAUUUUGUAUUCAAACGACGUAGUUUCGAAUGGCUUGCGGAUAAGGUGCUUACAACGGCCUAUUACGCACCUGACUAUGAUGCUGUUAUUCUCUCUCCAACGCGUAUUUAUCGUAUUUCUAAGGAACGGUAUGAACAAUAUCUUGUUUACAAUAACGUUUACAAUCGUACAUGUGAGCGAAUGGAGUUUGCAAAGCGAAAACCACCAGCAUCUGUUCGCCGUCCAUUACCACGUCCAGCAUCCACGCAAGUAAUUAUGGGAUCCAAGACCCGCACUACACGAGACGAUGAUAAGAAAAAACUUCUGCGACCACAAGAUGAAAGCAACUUGUAUGGAACGUUCGAAAUAUGA